CCACCUCGAACCUUCUGUUUCACACUCGCCUGGAACCUGCAUAUGGACAAGCAGAACCGUGUCGAACUCUCUCAUGUGGACUGUGCAAGCGGCGACUGCAUCGGAGACUAAUCCCUGCCACCCUGGAACAGACAGACCGGCGAAGGAAGAACCCCCUCGGGGACCGACAGGACUCGGAGCUAGAGACGCCGAUACUGCGGAGCAUGCCCGAACAUCCCAUUUUGGGCAUCGACCCGUCAGCAUCAAAUGAUUGGAUUCCUCAAGGCGACAAUCAUGCUAUAUAUCUCUUGCGCUCAACGAUUCCAGGCGACCGCUACUUCACCAUCCAAGGCUCUAUCGUCUUUCGAACUACCGCGCUGUCUGUCCUAUCGCCCUUAGCCCCUUAAAAUCAUCUAGGAGUAAUGAAGGCCAAUCGCACGGCCAUGCAUCGACCCCUGCCCUCGUAUCAUUCGGACGUUGAACUACUAUUCUUCAGCUCUGAAGAUCCCCGCGUACUGGAAUCAGGACAACUGGCCAGCGACGGCUCGACGCCACCAUUGAACAACGACGUGAGCAUUCUAUCAUGGCACAAUCUGACCGUGACCGUCAAAGACAGAGCAACAAAACGACAGCGAGAGAUCCUUUCCAAAGCAUCAGGCUUUGUGCGUCGAGGCGAGAUUAUGGCCCUCAUGGGCCCAUCUGGCUCCGGCAAGACCACCCUCUUGAAUACUAUUGCCCAACGCCAAACGGGCACAUCUUCUUGCCAAGUCCUCGUCAACGGCGCCGAGCGAUCCCUUGGCACCCAUCGUCAGAUCAGUUCUUUCGUCGAACAAGAAGAUACGCUGAUAGGGUCACUUACUGUGGAAGAGUCGUUGCAUUUCGCCUCACGACUGGCCCUGCCAAGAACUGUUACAAGGGCAGAAGCACGCGCACGCGUCUCCAAGCUAAUUGAUGCCUUCGGACUGGUCGAUCAGAGACAUACUCUGAUCGGCACACCGCUUCGUAAAGGCAUCAGUGGGGGCCAGAAAAGAAGAGUCAGUGUCGCAACACAGCUCGUCACCGAGCCCCGAGUCCUGUAUCUUGAUGAGCCUACAAGCGGGCUAGAUUCGACCGCGAGCUACGAGGUCAUGUCAUUCAUUCGGGACAUUGCCAUUGAGCGCAACUUGAUCGUCAUCGCGAGCAUCCACCAACCUUCUACCAAGACCUUUGAGCUCUUCUCCAAGGUGGUUGUCUUGUCGCAGGGCCGAACGUGCUACAACGGUCCAGGUUUCGGCCUCCCACCCUACCUUUCCGACAUCAAUCUCCCUAUACCGGAGCUGACCAACCCCGCCGAAUACGUGCUCGACUUGGUCAAUCAGGACUUUGGACAGGAUGAGGGAAAACACCAGUUGCAAACAAUCUUCCAAGCCUGGGAACUUUCGGCGCACCAUAAGCGUCUUGAACAAAUGAUAUCCUCUCUGAAACCUCUACCUCUGAGCCUUGGGGACUCUGAAGAGGGUGGGUCCCCCAAGCCGUGGCAGAUCAUGACCCUCCUCCACCGAGCAUUCAUCAAAAGCUAUCGCGAUCUUGUUGCGUACUGGAUCCGAGUUGUGAUGUAUCUCGGACUGGCGAUCAUGAUGGGUACGGUCUGGUUGCGCCUUAGCACUGACCAGAGUCAUAUCCAGCCUUUCAUCAAUGCCAUUUUUUUCGGGUCUGCCUUCAUGUCAUUCAUGGCUGUGGCAUAUGUACCGGCCUUUCUGGAGGACCGUGCCAUGUUCGUCAAGGAGCGAGCAAACGGCUUGUAUGGUCCCGCGGCCUUCCUCGUGGCAAAUUUCAUAGUAGGCCUGCCCUACUUGUUUAUGAUCUCACUGUUGUUCUCGGUGGUGUCGUACUGGCUCAUCAAUUUCCGCCCGACAGGCACGGCCUUCUUCACUUACGUGAUGUGGUUGUUUCUGGAUCUGCUGGCAGCCGAGUCACUCGUCGUCCUGGUAUCGUCCUUGAUGCCAAACUUCGUCAUUGCACUCGCGGUCAUCGCCUUUGCCAACGGGCUGUGGAUGAGCGUCGGUGGAUUCCUUGUCGCCCGGCCAUCGUUAAACGUCUUUUGGCGCUACGCCUUCCAUUACAUCGACUACCAGGCCUACGUCUUCCAGGGCAUGAUGGUGAACGAGUUCCAAAGCCGCACCUACGAAUGCGCACCCGUCAGCGGUGCGGGCGAAUGCCACUGCUUGUAUUCGAGCCCCUUACAAGACCAAUGCAAGAUCGCGGGCACGGCCGUUUUGCAAGAGUAUGGGUAUUCGACCGGUUUGGAGGGGCAGUGGGUUGGCAUUAUGAUCAGUAUUAUUGUGAUUUAUCGGCUAAUGGGAUGGUCAUUCACCUGGUUGAGGAAACGAUGAUUCGUUCGUCAACCCGCAAAUGGAUGCGAGUAUUGAUGCCGUCCAUGGUGAGGCCCUAGGACGCUUGCAAGGCGGAACUCAAGUGGUGAAGCUUGGCUCGAUUGGUACUGAACUCAAUCCACAUGGACUAGAACAGAUACGGUCACUGGGUACGUGGGUUUGGAGUGGCAUGAUUGAGGGGGGACAUCUGGAUAUGUGAAUUCUAUUGGUUUUGGGUAGAUGCUGAUGCAAUUCCAACUUCGGGGGUUUUCCAAAGAUAGAGCUCACGGUCAUGACCUUCCACUACCCA